GGCAGCAACAGCCAUUUUGGUCUAUCAAGCCAUCUAUAACUAAGUAUCAGGUAGGUAGGUAUUAUAUCUAGAGGGUACGCAGUUGUUAUUACCUAGAAUGUGUAUAGGAUGGCUUGCGAAAUCACGUAAAUAGUGUCGUGCCAAUGAUACAGUUGCGUGGCACUACUGUCAGAUUGGAAUAGUAAUAUUAACAGUAACUAAGCAGCUUCUCGCUUUCUUCUACGUUGCCAUCAACCGAACUUCCUAUCAUCCUCGCCAUCCUUGUAGACUCUAAACAAUGGACAAGGUCCGGAUAGCAGUCAUCGGCCUGGGCCCCGCAGGCUUAACUGCUCUAAAGAGCCUUCGUGAAGAAGGGUUCAAUGCGGUCGCCUUCGAAAGGCGAAAUGAGAUUGGUGGACUUUGGGCUUUCAGUGACGAUGUCAACUGCACGUCCGUGUUGAAGGAAACAGUGUGUAAUAUUAGCAAGUUCGUCUCAGGAUUUAGCGACUUCCCAGUGCCUAAAGACUAUCCUACUUUUUUCACGGGUUCCCAAGUGGCGGCUUACUUUCAAUCAUAUGCGUCCCAUUUCGACCUAUACCCAUAUAUCCGCUUCAGCAACACCGUCGAGCGCAUCACUCGGAAUGCGGUUGACGACAGCUGGGACGUUCAUAACACAACCUCAGGCGAGUCCACUGUGCUCUCUUUCGACAAGGUGGUGCUCGCCCACGGCUGUGAAAGCGUACCGCUGUGGCCGCCUAUGCCAAACAGGAACAAAUUCAAGGGCACUGUGAUACACAGCCAGUCUUUCAAGAGUCCCGAGGCUUUUAAAGGUAAACGAGUCCUCGUUGUUGGGAUCGGCAAUACAGCCUGCGAAGUGUCACUAUCCUUAGCGAAGCAUGCGUCGAAAGUAUACCAAUCUUAUCGACGCGGUCGUAUCCUCGUUUCUCGCUAUGGCGACGAUGGCAUUCCCCUGGACACGCAAUUCUCAUGGUCUGCUCUGCGCUUGAAGUAUUUAAUGGACCAUCUAGUGCCAACGUUGAUGGGCCCACUCGGUGACAAGUUCAUGAUCAACAAGAUGAUAUCUGAUGCAUCAAGGUCUGAGCCAGUUGAUACCAGCAUUUCUGAGAAAGAGAAGUGGAAGUACACUGAGAAGCGAGUGCGAGAAGACUGGAGAUUAGUGCCAGCUCCCAGCAUGGCACAUGUCCACCCUGCUGUACAAGAAGACUUCAUCCCAGCUUUACGUCGUGGAGACAUCACGCCUGCUCAUGGCUUUAAGGAUUUCCGUGGAGAACACGAAGUAGUGUUGGAUGACGGCGCAGUUGUCGAGGUUGAUGCUGUGAUAUUCUGCACCGGAUAUGAGUUAGAUUUCAAGAUCAUGCCCGAGCUUGAGAUGGACGGUGCAAUGGGAAUGCCCUUGCGAACUACUGAGAAAUUAUCAACGCUCAGUGCCGGGGAAGAGUCAAUAAGCGAGAAGCAUCAGCCACAUCUCCCUCGACUCUUUCAAAUGAUAUUUCCACCCCGCCAUGCUUCCUCAGUCGCAAUACUCAGUUGGAUAGCACCUCAAGAAAAUGUCUGGUGUGUUUCAGAGCUUGCAUCAAUGGCUGUCUCCCAGAUAUGGGCCGCUGAAACGCAUAAAGAUUCGAGGACGGCAUUAAAGCAACACCAGGACACAUCUUAUCGCUCUCCAGCUCUCCUACCCUCCCUAGAGGAAAUGAACGCACAGGUGGAUGCGUAUCAUACGUGGUGGCGGACCCAAUGGCAAACAGAGCCGUCUAUGCGUCCUGGAUAUGUGCAGGGGUAUUCGUUCUAUAGGUUCCUGCAUGAUGCAGCCGGCACUGGCCUAUAUGACAACCUCAACCACAUAUUCACUACCCAAAAUUGGAGUCUAUGGUGGAAUGAUCAUGAGUUGUGGACAUGGCUGUCCAAAGGCCCAAUGAACAACUAUUCAUGGCGCCUUUUCGAUACUAACCCCAAGGGAAUACCGGGUUGUGGUAGAAGGUCAUGGCCAGGAGCUAGACAAGCAACGAAGGACGCGUAUGAGAUCUUCGAGGACUUCAAGAAGCUAAUGCGGAACAAGUCAAAGAACGCAUGACGAGUUCGGAUUGAAUUGCGCGCGCAACUGAAUACAUUCAUUCCAUAGAGACAGACCUUCUUAGAUUACUCAUACCUAGAGACUCCACUUCCGUCGCCAACAACCUUCCGCGGAAGGCAGAGUACGAAAUGGAUCCUAGCAUGAAAUUAGUCUACCGGUACUCAUCGGGCAUAAAGAAGAUCCUCAUAACUCGUGUUAUCUCCGUGUCCUUAAAACUUCUCAUCACCAAAUCUACGUAAAAGCACAUACUACGUAACAAGCUUCAACCUAAAACCCGGAUCUACCUUGCCGCCGUUGCCUAUGCCCGAAACGGGCCCAUUUGGUGGGUAUUUCGGGCAUAAUGAUGUGGAUGUCU